CACACGUCAAAGGAUCACCAGUGAAUGUCAAGGUGGAAACACUUGGGCUUGUUCAUACCAUUGAUGACAUAUCUGAUUAUAAAGAACAUGAUAAACUAGAGCACGUGACAGAUGUGGCGUUAGAUAGAGAUGGAUGCAUAUUAGUAUCAAGCUACAGUAAAGACGUAUUGAAGUUCAAACAAUCAGGUUCGUUUAUUGCUAGGAUACAGGUUCCACGUGAUGUGAUGGUCAAUAGAAUGCAUCAAAUAGGUGACGGUGACAUGUUGUAUAGUGAUUACGCAGGACAAUGUGUUGUAAUGUGUGAUGAAAAGUUUCAAAAAGUCCGCUCAUUUGGUAAAAGAAUGUUGAAAUAUCCAAAAGGCUUGACCUUAAACAAGGAAACUAGAACCUUGUAUGUAGCAGAUUAUGAUGCUCACUGUGUGUAUACAUUUAAUGUUGAUGAUGGCAGGAUGCUGGGUAAGAUAGGUUUAAAAGGUAGUAAAGAAGGUGGAAUAAAGGGUCUACAAGAUGUCACUUUAACUAAAGAAGGCCAUGUGAUUGUUGCCGAGUUUGAAAACGACAGAAUACAAACGUGUGAUGCAAAUCAUAAGUUUAUGAGAAUACUUGUAGACCGUGGACAGGGAGAUGGCAAAGUAUUCUGUCCUUGUGGUGUAGCAAUAGAUAUGGAUGAAAAUAUAAUAAUAUCAAGUAAUGACAAAUUACAAUUAUUCGGUAAAAACAGUGUCUUCAUAAAACGAAUAGAUCAUGAAGAUGAUGGAUUAGAUACCCCAGUCGGAAUCGCAAUAAUCUCAAAUAGACCAAGAAGAGUAGCAGUAGCAAAUUACGGAGCAAACAACAUUAAAAUAUUCAAUUAUUAGAAUGACAUCUAAAUGCUCCUUAAUAUCUCGAUUAAUAGACAAUUUUAUAGGCCUACAAAAUGAAUGUUUAUGAUCGCAAUGGGAAGAAAUUUGAGUUGAAAAAUUGAGUUGAGUUGAAUUGAACAGUCAAUCCUUCAACGAACGAAAAUAUUCUUUCUAUUGCGCUAAUAAAAGAACAUUUAAUAUUUGUUUUACAACACACAUAUUUAAAAAAAAAAAAUAUCUACACUUUUUUAAAUGGAACAGUCCAGUGUCCAGUAUUAACCAAUCAAAAGAUUGUAUUAGGUUGAAGUCAUUGUAUCCUAGGCGUCGUGUAAUGGAUCCCAUUCCAUGGAUUUAACUUUCUUGAAAGAGUCUUCGUUUCCUAGGAUGUGGUAUGCCUAAAUGUGCACGGUGGAACUAAUUCAUUGAUGAGUGACGAAAUAGGAUAAAUAACCAAUGUCACGUGAUACAAAAUCCACCAAUCAAAUGACAAGAACCUAUUUAGGUUAGGUGUCAGGCCCUACUCUUUCUGCAUUAUGUUUAAUACAUCAAUCAAUAUAUUAAGUUAAUAUAAUUAGCCACAUGAAAAAAUAAAUGUAGGAAUAAUUUUAAUAUUUAAAAUAAUAAUGAUAUUCAUGUUAGUACAUCAAUUAGAAUAUGUUAUGCCCAUCAGAUAAUAUUUUUUACGCGUAAAAAAGACUUAAAAUCUUACAAUUUUGUUUCUCUCUAUAUAUGGGUGAUUUCUUUACGUUCUUCUAUAGGCAAAAUAAUGAUAGAGAAUUGUUGCUCGGACUCUAUUAUUUUUUUUUCUCUAAAAGACAAUAAAUUCUCCUUGAUAAUCAACAUGGGUUUGCUUAAUGGCAGUUGUACAUAAAAUAUAUUUUUGGAAUGUUUUUGAUUUUAAAUGGUUUUUAAGUAAUUUGUUAUCAUGUUCUAAGUCCUAAACCAAAUAUUUUAAUAUCUUAUAAUGCAAUAAUAAAAGGUUUUAUAUU